AAACUGAGCAUUUCAUUUUUGAACAAACAGUAAAUACGCGGAAUUCCCUUAGAAGCAAAGUUGAUUGUCAUUAGUUUGCACACAAAACCGAACCGUCGAUCGUCACGCCAGCGGUCAUUUUAGUGAUCUAUAUCAACAAACUUGUUACAACAACACAUUGUUUUAGUUCUCAAUUCGAGGUUAAAUUCACAAAUUGUUUUCAUUUUGUUCGAUUUAAAUUUCUCGUCUAACGAUGGAUAGCGAGAAGACCGAUUCAAUUAGUUCCGAUGGCGCGAAAGAAGAUCUGGAAAAUUUGAUUAAAUUGACCAAUUCGUUAAUAGCGAAACUUACUGAACUGAUUAAGCGCGUAGAGAAACAUAUUCGAGACUGCCUAAUAGCCAAAACAACUGGUGUAUCAGUUGCUGCAGUCGGUACAUCAAUAGUCGUCGGCGGAUGGAUAGCUGGCUUAGUGUUGGCUGUCCCAACAUUUGGAUUAUCUCUUACGGUUCCUGCUGUGAUGACUGUUGCUGGCACUGGCACAGCGAUUGCAGGAGGCCUUACAGCAGCUGGUACAGAAAUCGCUAAUGGCAUCAUAUCGGUACAAUUCUUGGAUGAACUGACCGAGAUUCAAAGAAGUCAUGCAGCAGCUGCAGAAAAUACUCAGAAAACGCUAUGGCGCAUUCAGCACUACGCAGACGAAAUCAACUCACAUUCGACCGGUAACAUUAUCAGUGGAAGUGUAAGACUUACAGGAGCUGCAUCUACUGCCGCCGUAGUUGGUACUUCUACAAUAAUUGAUGACGUGUCUAUUGCCGCCUUGCGAGGCCUAGGCAUCGGAACAAGUUCGGCAAUUAUACAAGGUGCUUUGAGGGGUGUAGCAGCAGGUGCUGGUGUUGUAUUCACUGUCAUUGACAUUGUACGACUGGUUAGAGACUACACCGAUCCUAAUCCAUUACUGAAAGAACUUGAAAGAAUUAAGCGACUGUACAUAGAGGAUAUUGCUGCAUGCAAGAAACUUAUGUUGAAUUUUGAAUAACAAAUUUUGGCAAAUAAAA